AUGUUCAGACUAAUAGUCUGGAUUGUGAGUUGUAGUAUAUUAAAGUAUGAUUGUAAUACGAUUAAGUUUUGUUAGGAUGACUAUAGUACCUUUAGUUUCAUUUUUAAGUUGAGAUUGAUAAUUGGUUUAGAACUAAGGCUAAAGCUAAUGUUAAGUAUAAAACUUGGCUAAAGCAUAAUUGGCACUAAAGCUAUAGCUAUGGUAUAUAAUGUCUACUGCAUAGUUUCGAGUAGAGCUACCGUUAAGCAAAAAAACUGUGAGUAGGGCUAAAGUUCUAAAGGUUAAGCUCAAGCGAAAGCUCAAGCUUAGGCUCAGGCUCAAGCUUAGACUCCGGUUCCGGCUCCGGCUCAGGCUCAGGCUCACCCUCAGGCUCAAGCUCCGGCUCAGGCUCAGGUUCAGGUUCAGGCUCAGGCUCAGGCUCAGGCUCAGGCUCAGGCUCAGGCUCAGGCUCAUGCUCAUGCUCAUGCUCAUGCUUAUGCUCAUGCUCAUGCUCAUGCUCAUGCUCAUGCUCAUGCUCAAGUUCAGGUUCAGGUUCAGGCUCAGGCUCAGGCUCAGGCUCAGGCUCAGGCUCAUGCUCAUGCUCAUGCUCAUGCUCAUGCUCAUGCUCAUGCCCAGGCUCAUGCUCAGGCUCUAGUUCAGGUUCAGGCUCAUGCUCAUGCUCAUGCUCAUGCCCAGGCUCAUGCUCAGGCUCAUGCUCAGGCUCAAGUUCAGGUUCAGGCUCAGGCUCAGGUUCAGGCUCAGGCUCAGGCUCAGGCUCAGGCUCAGGCUCAGGCUCAUGCUCAUGCUCAUGCUCAUGCUCAUGCUCAUGCUCAUGCCCAGGCUCAUGCUCAGGCUUAA